AUGGCAUGGGAGAAUCAGACCUUGAACUCUGAUUUCAUCUUGCUGGGAAUCUUUGAUCACAGCCCCACCCUCAUUUUCCUCUUUUGUCUGGUCUUGGGCAUCUCUGCACUGGCCAUCAUGGGAAACACUCUCAUGGUUCUCCUCAUCUACCUGGACACCCAGCUCCACACUCCUAUGUAUUUCCUCCUCAGCCAACUAUCUCUUAAGGACUUCAUGCUCAUCUCUACCACAGUACCCAAGAUAGCCUUCAACUACUUGUCUGGUAGCAAGUCCAUUUCUGUGGCUGGUUGUGCCAUACAAAUUUUAUUUUAUACAUCACUACUUGGCUGUGAAUGCUUACUCCUGGCCUCAAUGGCCUACGAUCGUUAUGUGGCUAUCUGCCACCCCCUGCACUAUUGUAUCCGCAUGAGCAAAAGGAUGUGUAUGAAGAUGAUUAUGGGAUCUUGGAUCUUGGGGUCUCUCAACUCCCUGGCACACACAGUCUAUGCCCUCCAUAUUCCUUACUGCCAGUCCAGGGCCAUUGAUCACUUCUUCUGUGAUGUCCCAGCUAUGUUGCCUCUGGCCUGUAUGGACACCUGGGUCUAUGAGUACAUGGUUUUUGUGAGCACAAGCCUCUUUCUCCUCCUUCCUUUCCUUGGCAUCACUGCUUCCUAUGGCCGAGUUCUUUUUGCUGUCUACCAUAUGCGUUCAAAAGAUGGAAGAAAAAAGGCCUUUACCACCUGUUCAACACAUUUAACUGUAGUGACAUUUUACUAUGCACCUUUUGUCUACACUUAUCUUCGGCCCAGGAAUCUCCGCUCACCAGCAGAAGAUAAAAUUUUGGCAGUCUUUUACACUAUUCUCACCCCCAUGCUCAAUCCCAUUAUCUACAGUCUGAGGAAUAAGGAAGUCUUGGGGGCCAUGACAAGAGUGUUUGGGAUAUUCUCUUUUACAAAGUAA